AUUCUGCACAAUGAAGCUGAUCACCGUAACUCUGAUCGUCGCCCUUGUGGCCGUCGCCCAGGGCUCCAAGCUCACCGACAAGCUGUCCAAGAUCGUGCCCAGCUUUGCCACCGGCUUCGUGAUCAACGGCACCGAGGCUGAUCCCCACUCUGCUCCCUACAUUGUCUCGCUGGCCACCAAUCCUGCCAAGCACUCGCACAUCUGCGGUGGCACCAUCAUUGACAAGAACUGGAUUUUGACUGCCGCCCACUGCAUCAGCAAUCCGGUGAACAUGAGCGCCAUAGCUGGUCUGCACGUCCGCGCCGAGGUCGACGAGCUCACCCAGCAGCGCAUCAUCGAUUUCGGCCGUGUCCACGAGAAGUACACUGGUGGCGUCGGACCCUACGAUAUCGCUAUUCUCCACGUCAGCGAGUCCUUCAUCUUCAACGAGUGGGUGUCGCCCGCCACUCUGCCCAGCCGCGAGGAGGUCCAUGAGGGAGAGACCCAUCUGUACGGAUGGGGACAGCCCAAGUCGUACAUUCUGACCGCCUCCAAGACCCUGCAGACCGUGACCACCGAUAUUGUCAACUAUGAUGAGUGCAAGGAUGCCCUGCCCGAGGACGCUCCCCUGGAGCCCUCCAACAUCUGCUCCGCCUCCCAGCAGCAGAGCAAGAGCGCCUGCAACGGUGACUCUGGCGGCCCCCUGGUCGUUGAGUACGAUGAUGCUCCCUCUGAGGUGAUUGGCGUCGUGUCCUGGGGCUACAUUCCCUGCGGCCUGGCCCAGAUGCCCUCUGUCUACACCCGUGUCUCCGCCUAUAUCGACUGGAUCUCUGAGAUCAAGUCCGCCUACUACAAGCUCUUCUAAGGGAAGACUCACGUGGGUUAUGUGAUAUAGAAAAGGAUCGGGAUCACUUUGGAUCUGAAAAUAUGAUCGAUUGUUGAAUAAAUGCAUCCGACUAAA